AUGGCAGCGCCGACUCUAUCCGCUGACUCUACGCCAUGCUGUCCGGGCUGCGGCUACUCCUUACCUCUUGAUCACAGCCAGGUUCAACUUCUUGAGGCCCAAGCCCGUAUCGAAGACCUCGAGAACCAAGUCCGUCUGCUCAACGAAAAGGCCACAGCCGCCGUCGAUCGCUGGGCGGACUACGAAGAUGAACUCACCAAUCUACGCGCCCAACUCCCUACUUCGCCGGUAGAUAAACAACUUCCAGCGACGCCUACAAACCCUCGCAUGUCUUUCCUCCAGAGCGGCACCAGCCGCCUCUCCUCAUUCCUCUCCCCGCGCAAGUCCCACGAGCUUCCCCAUAUCGACACCAACCCCUCCCGACCCCCCAACCAGCGAUCCAUAAGCAGCCAGUCGCACCGCCCACUGCACCCUCCACCAUCGCCUUCGUCAGAAGAUCUCCUCGAGGCACUGAACCGUGAGCAGUCACUGCGCAAGGAAGCCGAAGGGAAGGUCGCCGCCACCAGCCAGGAGGUUGAGGAGCUUAGUGCAGCGCUCUUCGAGCAGGCCAACGAGAUGGUCGCCGAGGAGAGACGAGCGCGGGCUAAGCUGGAACAGCGGGUAGAUGAGUUGGAACAAAGAGAUAUGGAGAAACGCAGGCGGUUGGACAAACUCGAAGGAGCCAUGACACGGAUCGAGAGGGUGAGAUUACUGCUGGCCGAGGCAGAGGAAGAUGUCGAAUCGAGCAAGCAGACUGUAAAAGAGAUUGUGGAGUUGGAGAGACAACAAGAAGAGGAGGAACGAAAGGAGAGGGAGGCGAAAGCAAAGAAAGCCGAGAAAGCCGACAUUGAUUCGGUUUACAGCCUAUCAGACGAUGAGCCUCAAGAAAGGAAGUCCAUCGACAAGCAAAACAAGCACGACCAGUCCGACGACGACCAUACACAAAGGAAAUAA